UCCUACAGGAAACUUCACUCUGGAAUCUUUACAGACUGUACCAUGUACCUGCACUGGAUAAUAUUUUCUCUUGCUUUCGUGAGGAUAAACGUGUCAUCAGAAAAAACAGAAGCGAUAUUCUUUUUGAUCUCGUGUGUAGGUUGGGUGAGCGCCGUUGAUAACUGCAGUUAUAUGAGUCUUAUUCAACAUCUUGGCUUGGAUGGUGAUAACGUUCAGAUGAAGUCCAUGAGGCCUGUGUAUAACUGGACAACCCCUACCAAAGCUUUUGUGGACCUGUAUGUGACCUCCAUCACAGAUGUGAAUGAAAAAGCCCAAACCAUUUCAACACAAAUUACAUAUGAAUCUGGAUGGAUCAGUGAAUUUACCAAGUGGAAUGCACGCGACUUUUGUGGGAUCCAAAUGUUAUCGAUUGAAAAAGAUAAGAUGUGGAUUCCAGACAUUGUCUUCACUGAAAGUGUCAAGACAGAGUUUGCAACUACAGAAAAUCCAUACGUAAAGUUGACCAGUUAUGGUUUGAUAGCCAAGUUUGAAACUAUUGCUGUAACCAGCGCUUGUAAGAUUGACUUGCUCAACUUUCCCUAUGAUGUCCAAACCUGCUCUCUGACGAUUCAUUCGCCAAUGCAUCCAGCUUUCGAGCUUACACUUAACUCAUAUUCAAGUGCAUCGUUCCUGACGUCCAGCUCCAAAAAGGCCUUUCAAACUCAGGGAGAGUGGGAACUCCUCAAUAUAAAUAUGUCUAAAGCCAACGCGAGCACUCUACAAUACCCACAGGAUCAGCUGAUAUAUACGAUCACCCUGAAAAGGAGACCUCUACUGUACGUCAUCACCUUCAUAUCACCUGUGUUUUGCUUUCUUGUGUUGGAUGUGGCCUCUUUCUUCAUCGAUGCGGGCGGAGGAGAGAAGCUGAGCUUUAAAGUCACUUUACUUCUGUCCAUUUCUGUGUUGUUGCUCAUUCUUAAUGACAAGCUGCCAUCUACUGCCAAUGAAGUCCCAUGGAUUGGGGUCUAUUGCAUUACGAUUUUCAUUCUCAUUGGCAUCAGCAUUCUGGAGACCAUCUUCGUGAAUUUUUUAAUGGCUAAAGGAGAGCAGAUUCUGAGACCAGAGCCACACUUGGAUUCCACAUCUGCUGUUACUGAUACGGUAAAAGACUUCAACAACCCAUCGGAUUCAGCGUCAGACAGGAAUGAAAACCAGUCUCAUAGCCUUAGUUCUCUGAAGCAGAUCCUCAAGAAGUCUAACAGUGUGACCGAUGAGAAUCGAGUGGAGAGAAGAUGCCUGUACUGGACCAGAGGCGCCCGGAUGAUAAACAUUAUCUUCUUGAUUCUUUACAUCAUCACCAUUAUGGUGCUUCUAGGAAUCAUUUAUAAUGCUUGGUUCAUAAAGUAAAUUCAGCUGCUCUUUAUUGAUGAGAUAACUUUCUACAUGGCUAAAAGAGAUCAUUAAGAAAUAUAGAUUUGUGAGUGUAGUAGAGUAGGCGGGGCGAGACCGUGGUUCGAGUCCGGUGAGUAAUUGUGAAUUAGCGCCAGCUGUGCGCACACCGGGCUCGAAUCACGUAGGAGAUGGGAGCAUAAAAGGAACGAGCGACCGGACCGUCGAGGAGAGAGGACCGGGCCCGAACUUAUGUUAUGUUUGUAUUUAUAUUAUGUUUUGUUCGCCGGCGGUCGUCCGUGAGGGGCCGCCGGCUGUUAUAUUACUUUAUUAAAUGUUUAAAUGU